GUUGGGUAAUGCCUGCAGCUCCCUCUGCCUCGUUCAUCUCUGUCUGCAGCUCUGUGUCCAGCAGGGCCAAGAAGGGCGUUGGCACCUCCGGGCAGCGGAAGGUCCAGAGAGAGGUCGGGGACCGGGGCUGCUCGGUGCGUCCUGGGCUUGUCCCCGUCUCUCCCUGGCUGGUGACUCGCACUCUCCUGGAGUUGGUUCUCGCAGCCUGAGGCCAUCGUGAGGUAGGGGACACUAAGGGUUAUUUUGGGGAGGCAGAUAUUUUGGGCCGAAGAGGAGAACGGGCUCCAGGCACCGAGAAGUGAAUCCCUCAUUCCCAAGGACGGUGGGUGUCCCAGUCCCACCCAGUGGAACUCAGCGCCUGGCCCCACCUGCUCUCAGCAUUCUGAAUGUGCCCAGGAGGGGGCUGCCCUGCCCACCCACCUCCUCUGUAGGAGAGAUAAACGGGCUCCCAGAGAUGCCAGGGAAGAGGCAGAGAGACCGGGGGCACGGAUGCUGUGGCUGCUGCUCCUGACCCUCCCCUGCUUGGGGGGCUCCGUGCCCAGGAACCGAGAGCCCGGUGCGGGGCGUGAGCUGGUGGGCAUCAUCGGGGGCUGCGAUGUCUCGGCCAGGAGGUACCCCUGGCAGGUCAGCCUGAGGUUCUACAGCAUGAAGGGUCUGUGGGAGCACAUCUGCGGGGGCUCCCUCAUCCACCCAGAGUGGGUGCUGACCGCCGCCCACUGCCUUGGGCCGGAGGAGUUGGAGGCCUGUGAGUUUAGGGUGCAGGUCGGGCAGCUGAGGCUCUAUGAGGAUGACCAGCCGACGAAGGUGGUUGAGAUCGUCCGUCACCCCCUGUACAAUGAGAGCCUGUCUGCCCAGGGCGGUGCGGACAUCGCCCUGCUGAAGCUGGAGGCCCCAGUGCCGCUGUCUGAGCUCGUCCACCCAGUCUUGCUCCCUCCUGCCUCCCUGGACGUGCCCUCGGGGAAGACCUGCUGGGUGACCGGCUGGGGUGACAUUGGACGUGGAGAACCACUGCCCUGGCCCCUCAGCUUGCGGGAGGUGAGGGUGAAGGUCAGGAGCAACGUCCUCUGUAACCAGAUCUAUUGCCACCGCUUUCCUUCCAACCACACUGAGCCGUCUGAGCAGCUCAUCAAGGACGACAUGCUGUGUGCCGGGGAUGGGAACCACGGCUCCUGCCUGGGUGACACCGGGGGCCCCCUCGUGUGCAGGUGGAACUGCACCUGGGUCCAGGUGGGAGUGGUGAGCUGGGGCACCUUCUGCGGUCACGGCGACGUCCCCAGCGUGUACACCCGCGUGAUGAGCUAUAUGUCCUGGAUCCACCAGCACGUCCCUCCCUUCCCUGGGGCUGCAGGGGUGUUCACCUGACGGAGGAGACCCCACCCUCCUUGUGGAUGCCCUCCGCCCCUCCCCCGUUCCAGCCUCACUAUCCUGGUACCCAGUGGUCCUCCGCCUGGGACCCACAUUUCUGCUGCCCUUUCCUGCCUCUCAUCCACGUCCUGUCCUUCUCGAGGGAGAGGCCUGGCCGCCUCUGCAGGCUGGUGUCUCCAGGAAGGCGGGUGUGCGUGAGGAGCAGAGGCACCAGCUCUCCUGCCUCCUGCCCGG